UCAUAUCUAGUGGUAGACAGGCUUUAGGGUUUUUUGUGUGCCUUCCCUUGUUUUUUAAGGCCUUUCAGCCUCUCGAGCAGCCCAACCCUAGCCACUUCUUCCUCCUCACGCUUCUCCUCGAUCCGCCUUCGCGCCGGCGGUCGGCGGUGCUCGGGAAGUCUCCCGCGUGGCUCAUACGGGUGGGCCGAUGGACUCGGCGAUGGCUUCCGUGGAACCUACUGCUCUGGUUGGUGGGACAGCGAACGAGGCUGCCGAUGGAUUCAGUGAGCGAGAAAAGCCUAUCUUUAGGGACAUCAGGCGCUAUUAUUGUGAAUAUUGUGGGAUUUGCAGGUCGAAGAAAUCGCUGAUAAGAUCUCACAUCCUUUCCCACCACAAGGAUGAAUUGAAAAAUGCACAGACCGAUCAAGGAAAUGAAGAAAAUGAGCUCAACAAUCAGCUGCGGCAUACUUGCCAGGAGUGCAGUGCGAGUUUCCGGAAACCAGCUCAUCUGAAGCAGCAUAUGCAAAGCCACUCUCUUGAGAGGCCCUUUUCAUGCCCGCUGGAUGAUUGUCAUUUGAGCUACAGAAGGAAGGACCACUUGACUCGCCAUUUACUUCAGCACCAAGGAAAACUUUUUACUUGCCCAGUGGAGAAUUGCAACCGCAGAUUUGCAAUUAAGGCUAACAUGAAUAGGCAUGUGAAAGAAUUUCAUGAAGAUGGGUGUCUUUGUGAAGGUGAAAAGCAGUACAUUUGUCAGGAACCAGGGUGUGGGAAGACAUUCAAGUAUGCAUCAAAGCUGAGAAAGCAUGAGGAUACACAUGCUAAAUUGGAUUAUGUGGAGGUCGUCUGCUGUGAACCUGGAUGUAUGAAAACUUUUACAAAUACCGAAUGCCUUAAAGAUCAUAUCCAAUCAUGCCACCAAUAUGUUCAAUGUGAGGUCUGUGGUACUCAACAGCUGAAGAAAAACUUAAAGCGACACCAACGCAUGCAUGACGGGGGUGGUGUGACUGAGAGAAUAAAAUGUAGCUUCAAAGGUUGCCAAUACACAUUUUCAAAUAGAUCAAAUCUUAAUCAGCAUAUAAAGGCUGUGCAUCAGGAACUUCGCCCAUUUGCGUGCCGAAUCCCUGGUUGCGGGAACAGGUUCCCUUACAGGCAUGUGAGGGAUAACCAUGAGAAAUCUGGUGUUCAUGUUUAUGUUCAAGGUGAUUUUCUUGAAACUGAUGAGCAUCUGCGCUCGCGGCCAAGAGGUGGGCGCAAGAGGAAAUGUUUGUCUGUCGAGACUUUGCAGCGGAAGAGAGUAGUUCCUCCUGGUCAAGUUUCUUCUCUGGAUGAUGGAACAUAUUAUAUGAGAUGGUUACUGUCUGAUGAUCAGCACUGAGUGGUUCACAGGCAUAUAUAUAUAUGUAUAUAUCGGACUGGAAACUUGGUUGCUUUUUAGAUAGUUUCUCCUGGUUCUGAAAUGACCAUCAUGUGUCAAUAUUGUAUGAUUUUGGGAAACAGCUACCUUGUUGUCAUGUUGUAGAUGAAUGUUAAUAUAUGAUUAAGCGAAAUUUUUUGCUCUGACAA